GAAAUAUUGGAUAUUGGAAGGUCAAAGUUUACCGUAUAUAUUAUUUUGAAUUGCGAACCGGCUUUCGCGUCAACACGUUAAACCAGGAAUGAAAUUGUCAUGAAAUCGACAGUUAUGAAGAAAAGAUAAGUUUUCGGUGAAAUUAAUUAUUUUUCUCAAGUUAACAUAAAUUAAGGGUUUUCGGCAAAAUUAAGCAAUCAAAUAGAUCAAGCAAACAAUUAUUUAGCUUUAAACUACUGGAAAAUAAUUCAUAUUUGACAAUAUGGAUUCCAUGUUUCAUCCAAUUUUCUCCUCUUGUUGUCAGCACCAUACAAAAUUUGCAGCUUGAAAAUGCCUGAGUCAGUGAUUGCUAACAUUGAAAAUGUCAAGAAAGUGACAGAUCAUAUACAAAAAUUAAUAAAUAUUGUACCAGAAAUCGGGAUCAUUUGUGGAAGUGGUCUGGGGAAGUUGGCUGAUGGGGUAAAAGAUAAAAUCACAAUUCCAUACACAAAGAUACCCAACUUCCCUCAAACGUCUGUUGUUGGACACUCCGGAAACCUGAUAUUUGGAACUCUGAGCGGCCGAACAGUAGUCGUAAUGCAAGGACGGUUUCACAUGUACGAGGGAUACACCAAUGACACGAUCGCUCUUCCUAUACGCGUGAUGAAGCUAUUGGGAGUCAAAAUUCUUAUGGUUAGUAAUGCUGCUGGUGGUCUCAACAGAAGUCUCAAAAUUGGUGACUUCGUGAUCUUGAAAGACCAUAUUUAUCUUCCCGGACUAGGAUUAAAUAAUGUUCUUGUCGGACCGAAUCAGGAGGAAUUUGGUCCUCGAUUCCCAGCACUUUCGGAUGCUUAUAACAGUGACCUACGAAAACUAGCUAUACAAGUAGCUGUAGAAAACGGCUUUGGGAAUUUGGUUCAUCAAGGUGUCUACGUGAUGAAUGGUGGACCCUGUUACGAAACACCUGCUGAAAACACGAUGCUUCUUAACAUGGGUUGUGAUGUAGUCGGUAUGAGUACGAUACCGGAAGUUGUAAUUGCUCGGCACUGUGGAAUUCAAGUGUUUGCUGUUUCACUAGUUACAAAUAUAAGUGUUCUGGAUGUUGAAAGCAGUGUGAAGGCGAACCAUGAAGAAGUCUUGGCCACGGGUGCUCAGCGUGCUGAAUUGAUGCAAUCAUGGUUUGAGAAGAUAAUUGAAAAACUGCCCAAAGAUUGAAAUGGACGUUACGCUUACUGUUUUGUGCAGUGAAUUAUACUUUGUGAAGAGUGUUUCCAUCCUUGUACCCUCACUGGAAUGGAUAUUUUAGCUUAUAAAGUACUCUGUCUAAACAA